GUGACCCUGGUCUCCCAGGUCUGCAAGGCUUACAGGGUCCUCCAGGAGCACCAGGGCUUGGCCCACAGGGAUCACCAGGACCUGCUGGGCAGCCAGGACCCCAGGGACCACCAGGAUUUCCUGGAAUAAAAGGAGAAAGAGGUUUCCCUGGUAUCCCAGGUCUAGAUAUGCCAGGACCAAAAGGGGAUAAAGGUAGCCCAGGACAGCCUGGAGUCCCAGGGUCUGUGGGGUUACCCGGCCUGCCAGGUCCCCAAGGGGCCGUGGGGCUGAAAGGAUCAUCAGGGCCCAAAGGAGAAAUGGGAGUUAUGGGAACUCCUGGACUGCCAGGGACCCCUGGACCCAUUGGAGAUCGAGGUCUGCCUGGUGAAAAAGGUAGCCAAGGUUUCAAAGGUGUGGUCGGGCCACAGGGUGACCCUGGUGUCAAAGGAGAUAAAGGUGAAGCUGGUCUCCCAGGAGAACCUGGAACGAUGGACACCAUGGACAUGGUUAGUCUCAAAGGCCAAAAGGGAGAUCAAGGAGAGAAAGGGGACCAUGGAGCAACAGGAGAAAAAGGGUUACAGGGGGAAUAUGGAGAACCAGGAAUUCCAGGGAAAGAUGGUGAACCUGGGACUCCAGGACUUCCAGGACCAAAAGGUGAUCAGGGCCCACCAGGGUACCCAGGAGAUCCAGGAGUUCCAGGACAAAAAGGAUCAGUUGGUGAAAUGGGUUUGCCAGGAACACCUGGAGAAAAGGGUCUGCCAGGAGUCCCAGGCUCCCCGGGCACACCAGGGUUCCCUGGGCAAAAAGGUGAAAAAGGAGACAAAGGAGCACCAGGUUUUCCUGGAAUUGGCUUUCCAGGGUCUCCUGGUGAGAAGGGAGAACCAGGAAGAACAGGUAGUCCAGGUUCAUCUGGAGAGAAGGGUGAAAAGGGGAGUGCAGGAAUUCCUGGAAUGCCAGGUGCCCCAGGUCCCAAAGGAUCCCCUGGCAUGGCAGGAUUUCCAGGCAACCCUGGCAGCCAUGGAGAAAAGGGGGAAAAAGGACUUCCUGGCUUAAGUGGCAUCCCAGGUUUAAAAGGAGAACCAGGUGAACCUGGUCUGCCGGGUCCUGCUGGUUCCAUUGGACAGAAGGGUGAACCUGGUUAUGAUGGGAUUCCAGGUGCUGCUGGUGCAAAGGGUGAACAAGGUCUUCCAGGUAGAGGACUUCCAGGAUUUCCAGGUGCAAAGGGAGAUAAAGGUGCAAAGGGCGACGUGGGUUUUCCAGGAUCCCCAGGGAGUCCUGGGAUCCCAGGUCUGAAAGGAGAACCAGGAUAUGCUGGUCCACCAGGACCGAAGGGCAACCAAGGUCUUCCUGGGCUACCAGGAAGUGCAACUGAGGGCCCUAAAGGAGACAGAGGACCCCAAGGCCAGCCUGGCCUUCCAGGAUUACCUGGGCCACCAGGGCCACCAGGACUGCCUGGUGUGAAAGGUGCCAAGGGAGAGCAGGGGAGCAGUGGCUGGCCUGGGACUCCUGGGAGUCCAGGAAUCAAAGGUGACCCAGGUUUCCAGGGAAUGCCAGGUAGUCCUGGUUUACCAGGAGAUAUUGGUCAAAAAGGUGAGCUGGGACCUCCAGGAGUUCCAGGUGUUCCAGGUCCAAAGGGAUCUCCAGGCUUCCCAGGCCUUAAGGGUGAGCGGGGUGACCAAGGUCUUCCUGGAUCCAAAGGUUUACAAGGCCCACCAGGCCCACCAGGUGCUUUUCAGCUUAUUAAGGGGGAUCCUGGCUUACCUGGCCCUGUAGGACCAGUUGGUCUCAAAGGAUUCCCAGGACUCCCAGGUCCCAAAGGACAGCAAGGGCUGACGGGACCUUCAGGUGUCCCUGGACCACCUGGCAGCCCAGGGUUUGAUGGCAAACCUGGGCAGAAAGGAGAAGUUGGUCCUUAUGGUCCUCCAGGGCCCAGAGGAGUGCCUGGUCCACCUGGCCCUGAAGGUUUGCCUGGGGCUAUGGGCCCCCCAGGGGCACCAUCCGUUGCUCAUGGCUUCCUCGUCACCAGACACAGUCAAACCACUGAAGAACCAUCAUGUCCCUUUGGAACCAGGCUGAUUUACCAUGGCUACUCCUUGCUUUAUGUACAAGGCAAUGAAAGAGCACAUGGCCAAGACCUGGGCACAGCUGGAAGCUGCCUCCGAAAAUUCAGUACCAUGCCCUUCUUAUUCUGCAACAUCAACAACGUGUGCAACUUUGCAUCCAGGAAUGACUAUUCCUACUGGCUCUCCACUCCUGAACCCAUGCCAAUGAACAUGGCUCCUAUCACUGGGGACAAUAUCAGACCCUUCAUCAGCAGAUGCUCUGUGUGUGAAGCUCCUGCUAUGGUCAUAGCUGUUCACAGUCAAACAAUUCAGAUCCCACCCUGUCCUGAAGGCUGGAGUUCCCUUUGGAUUGGUUACUCCUUUGUCAUGCACACCAGUGCUGGUGCAGAGGGCUCUGGCCAAGCCCUGGCCUCUCCUGGGUCCUGCCUGGAGGAGUUCCGCAGCGCUCCCUUCAUUGAGUGCCAUGGCCGGGGCACCUGCAAUUACUAUGCAAAUGCUUACAGCUUCUGGCUCGCCACUAUAGAGAGGAAUGAGAUGUUCAAGAAACCAACUCCCUCCACGUUGAAGGCCGGGGACCUGCGCUCCAACGUCAGCCGUUGUCAAGUCUGUAUGAGGAAAACAUAAUGACUUUUGAAUUUCGACUAAUUUUUCACACAAUUAUGGUGCUAUUCGUUUAACAGCAAUGAAGCCUAGACAUAUAUCAUAUGUACCUCAUUGUUGUCCAAUAGGAAAACAGUAAAGUGCCUUUUAGGAACUUGCAUAACUAACACACACUGCUUUACUGGCCCUGUCCUUGCUGAAGAAGAGAAGAGACAACAAAGAUAAGCUUCCAACGUUGACAUGCCAAGUGGCACUUUUCAGCCAAAUGUAUGUAUUUUUUUAUAUAAAUGCAAUGCACUGAGGGAAUAAAAAGUCAGCCUUUAUCCAGAAAACAAAUGCAAAGGUGCUAGGAGGUAUGCAGUGCUGCCUUAUACUGUUUGACCCCCCCUUUCUUAUUGUAUUAUAGAUUUAGAUUCAUUUUUCUUCCCCAGAUAAGUUUGUUGUGACCGUUCUCUAGGAGUCUCAAAACCCCAGACUCUUGGGUGUGUACUUAUUGUUCUGUACAAAGCAAUACUGGUGUAAAAAA